UUAUACAAUUCUUAUGUCCAAAUGCCGACUAAAACUUUCGCCUUUUUCUCUAUCAAUUUCUUUUUGAAGCCUUUUGCUUUCAUCUAUGGCGACUAACGGUGUAGGUGGCCAUUACCACUAAUCAAGUUAGGCCGAUUUUCCUUUUCAAAAGGCUGUGGAGAAGUUGCAUCUGUUUCUGCUUGAUUCUAGAGAAUUUUUUUAUUAUUUCUGGGUUUUUGGCAAGCCGAUUUGGUCUUCAAUUCUGCUGAUAGCUGUUGGAAUCGUUGCUGAGCUCUAGUCGAGGCUAUUUCUGACCUUUAUUUGGUCUGUUCCCUAGUGUUUUCUCGGCUUUGAACUGGUAAGUUCGACAUCUAUGUACUUACAUGUUCCUUUGAAAUGACAGCCCCUAUUCUCAAUGAAAUCUGGCAUAAUUUGUUAAACUCUCAUGUUUGGACUGUAAUAUGAUUAUGGACAUGAGUGCAUUUGUCACGUAGUGUAAUUAAAGUAGAUGGUGAAAUUUGGUUAAUUCAAGAUAUGAACACCAACAUAAUUAAUUUAUGGAAUGAGUAAUUAAACAAUCUAAUUAAGCAAGUAUGAUUAAACGACCGUCCUAAAACCAUGGAACUCGCGGUAAAGGAGCCCACUAGCGGUGAAAAAGCUCCUUGAGGCUUGGCUAACUGACACGCUAACCAGUCAUAGAAAACGUAAGGACUUGCGUUACACCGACUACGGUCGAGCAGCAUGGCCCUUGCCCUCCUCCAAUAACAGGUACUACUCACACUGUUAAUAAUGCAGGUGACAACACCCUCACAGCCAUUUUGAAGGAGGAAUCAUUCUCCUUAUUUACAUAAAUACCAUUCAUUGCUAUUUUGUUGCUUGAUGCUCCUCUAUUAUUGCUCAAAUCCUUUGGAAUAUUAAAUGUGCACUAUUUUCAGGUCCCCACCAGCAUUAUCUCACGUUAUUUAUGCUAACUAGUUCUAAAUCUAGAGUCAUUAUCAUUAACUAGGUUUAACCCUUUAUUACAUAAGAUUUAAUAAUUUAACCGAAAGUUUGUAUUUUUUGGUCAAACACUGAGCUCACACUGUAAAGAAAAUUUACACAGUAAAUCUAUAGAAGUUAAAUCCUAGGAUUAUUUAAAUUCCAUAUUUUCUCGGUUUUAAAAAAAUAAAAAAGGAAAAUUUUCAGCCAAAUUAACACUUGGCCCGCGGCUGCCAACAACUGCCCGCCGUUUCUGUCUCCGGCCAACUCCAGUUUCUUUAGGUAAAUUGGAGAUAUGGAAAAUAUAGUUAAAAAGUAUCAGCAGAGAUUCAGGAAGGUGAAGGAAGAGAUGGACACGUGGAAUGAUCUUCAAUCUCGACUGCUUUCUCAGUUCACCAAUGCUUCUUCCAUCAUUCAGCGGUUACAGAUUCUUCAAGAUUCUAAGAAUUAUGGUGCCCUGAGUUGUGUUGAAGGCAUUGCAGAAGCUGUUUUGCUUAAGCAAAUGGAUUCUCUUCAAACUAUCUUGCUUUCUAUGAAUCAAACUCUGGAAAAUUUUCGUUCUGUCGUGUUAUCGCUUGAGAAGAUGGUUCGUGAUGGUAGACAGCUCGUAAAAGGGGGAUACACUCAAGUAACUGUGAAACAGCUGCAGCAACGCGUUGGAGUAAAACCAAGCAUUGCUGAUUGCUUGGAUGGGCUAAAACUUCUCUGUGAGAUGCACCAAUCAGAGUAUGCAUAGAUAAGAAAAUAUAUGUUUUUCCUGUUUCACUUUUCCUGCCUUAUUUAUCUUAAAUUACGAAGUUUAUUGUCUUUUAGUACUAGUAAAUUCCAUUGUUGAGCCUUUAUUGCAGAUAAUAUGCUGUUUCCUAGUAAUAUAGCUGUACUUUGAUCUUUCUUCCUUUGAAUUAGAUUUUCAGAUGUUAUCCUUAAAAAGAAAAAUGAUAUAUAAUCAUGCUAUCCACUAUCACCUCAGUAUCACUUCCUGCAUCAGGAGCUUUUUCUCUUUACUGUGAAAAUGAUAUAGCUGUGCUAUUUGCUAUGGUAGGUUAACAUGAACAAAAUUUUGGUUUGAAAUCAAGUUACAUCCUUCUUCUCUUUCUUCCUGUCACCUCGAAUGGAUUUGAUAUAGUUUUCUUCUAAGUUGCCCGAUAUGGCAGUUUAGGUGCCGUACCCGUGUCGACACGACACUAGUAUGGGUGUGGGUAUGGGAUGUACCGGAUCUGGUCAAACAAUUUUGGGUACUUUGACCACGUCAGACAGAAAAAUUCGAGACGAGAUACAAUUUGAUUCCUGAAAAUCAGAACCAAAACUAGGGUAAAUCGAAAGAAAAUAGCAUACUUUAUCUAGGAAAUCAAUUAUUUACUUAUCUACAACUUGAGAAUAAAGAAAUUCACACUUUACAAGCUAAGUAUUCCACAGAAUUUCUCAUAAUUUAGAGAUAUUUUUAUAUUUUUAUUUUUUUGAAUUAUUUUUUGCCGGAUCCUCCCACCCGUAUCCAUACUAGGAUCCAUAUCCCAGAUUCUUAAAAUUUACAUCUCAAAGGAUCCUAUCUCUAGAUCCGCACCCGUGUCGGACACCCGCACCCGUGUCCGAGCAACUUAGGUUUUCUUUUGCCAUACGAACUAGUUCUUAUCCUUGCAUUAUUAUGCAUUGAACACUUUACGUUACUGAUUCUCUCAGUACAUUAUUUCAGGUA